GAUAGAUAGAUAGAUAGAUAGAUACGCACGCCCAUAAACACGCAGUCACACUCACACUCACACGCAUACACACACUCACACAUACACACAGAGGAAGCCUGCUUCCAGCCUAGGAAAACGAAAGGGCGACGAAGCGCCCGGGCUCACUUUCCCUCCGCCGCGGCCAUGGCCUCUCGCUUGACGCCGGCUGCCUGGAUUCCGCGGUGACUCGCCUAUGCCCGCUUCCCACGACCGGCCAGUCCUGCCCUCGCCUCUUUCUCCGACGGUCCCCCCGCGCUUCCUCCCGGGCGGCUGCUUCUGCCAAGCGGAGGGAGUCGGGACCGGGUUCGGGCGGCAGCGAAGCCCGGGAGCGGGAGAGAAGGAAGACGCGGCGCCGGCGGAUCGCGUUGGAUGAAUUUCCCCAUGAGAGAGCCCGUGAUCCCUGGGACCAGCAUGGCGUACCACCCCUUCCUACCUCACCGGGUGCCGGACUUCACCAUGAGCGCCGUCCUGGGACACCAGCCUCACUUUUUCCCCGCCCUGGCCUUACCGCCCAACGGGGCCGCCGCGCUCUCCCUGCCCGGAGCCUUGGCCAAGCCGAUCAUGGAUCAGCUGGUGGGGGCAACGGAUUCUGGCCUCCCCUUUUCCUCUCUGGGACACCAAGCUGCGGCUCAUCUGCGGCCUUUGAAAACGCUCGAGCCGGAAGAAGAGGUAGAGGACGACCCCAAAGUCCAUCUGGAAGCGAAGGAACUCUGGGAACAGUUUCAUAAACGGGGGACAGAGAUGGUGAUCACCAAGUCGGGAAGGAGAAUGUUUCCACCUUUUAAAGUGAGGUGUACGGGUCUGGAUAAAAAGGCUAAAUAUAUUUUAUUGAUGGACAUUGUGGCGGCAGAUGAUUGUAGAUAUAAAUUUCACAAUUCGCGAUGGAUGGUGGCUGGCAAAGCUGAUCCUGAAAUGCCCAAAAGAAUGUAUAUCCAUCCAGAUAGCCCAGCAACAGGCGAACAGUGGAUGUCAAAAGUCGUCACUUUCCACAAAUUGAAACUGACUAAUAAUAUAUCGGACAAACACGGAUUUACCAUCUUAAACUCUAUGCACAAAUACCAGCCUCGGUUCCACAUAGUCCGAGCCAAUGACAUCCUGAAACUGCCCUACAGCACAUUCCGCACUUGUUUCCCGGAAACAGAAUUUAUUGCCGUAACAGCCUAUCAGAAUGAUAAGAUCACCCAGUUAAAAAUUGACAACAACCCUUUUGCCAAGGGCUUCCGAGACACAGGGAAUGGGAGGCGAGAGAAACGAAAACAACUGACUCUUCAGUCAAUGAGAGUUUAUGAUGACAGGCAGAAAAAAGAGACCUCAGAUGAAUCUUCCAGCGAGCAAACUGCUUUUAAAUGUUUUGCUCAGUCAAUCUCUCCUGCUGUGUCUGCUGUGGGUACCUCUAAUCUUAAAGAUCUGUGCCCCAGCGAUGGAGAGAGCGAUUCUGAAAGCAAAGAGGACCCCAUGGAAGCCAAUGAAGUUGGGAAGAUCACCACCACCACAGCCACCAUCGCCCCCAACAGCAGCUCCUCCUUCGGAGGAGGGGAUGGGGCAGACUCCCGGGAAGGGGGAAAGAACAGCCCUUCCAAGGCACCCCUUUUCCCACCAGACUCAGCCAGCAGCCAGAGCAGCCGGGAGAGCAUCUCAAAAGUGCCUCCAGACUCCCAGCAUAGCCCAGCCACCAUCUCUUCCAGCACCCUGAAUUUGGGCGGUGGAGAAGAACUCAAGAGCCCACCACGGGAGGAGAGCCGGGGCCUGAACAAAGAGCCCUUCACACCCCUAACUGUUCAGACAGACAGUCCUGGGCACCUGGCCCAGGGCCACUUGUCCAACCUAACUUUUCCCCAUGGCCUGGCCAACCAACAGUUCUUCAACCCGCUGAGCAACGGGCACCCCUUCCUCCUCCACCCGGGCCAGUUCGCCAUGGGAGGUGCUUUCUCAGGCAUGGCUGGCAUGGGGCCUCUGCUGGCCACAGUCUCUGGGGCGUCGGCGGGAGUUACUGGUCUAGACAACACGGCAAUGGCAACAGCAGCUGCCCAAGGAUUAACUGGAGUUUCGGCAGCAGCUGCGGCAGCAGCAUUGCCUUUCCAUCUUCAGCAGCAUGUCCUGGCUUCACAGAGCCUGGCCAUGUCUCCCUUCGGAAGCCUCUUUCCGUACCCGUACACGUACAUGGCGGCGGCGGCCGCGGCCUCGACGGCCUCGUCCAACCCCAUGCACCGCCACCCUUUCCUGAGCGCCGUGCGCCCCCGCCUGCGGUACAGCCCGUAUCCCCUCUCGGUGCCUCUCCCGGACAGCAGCGGCGGCGGCGGCAGCCUGCUCACCACCGCCCUGCCGUCGAUGACGGGCGGGGCGGAGGGCAAAGCCGGAGCCCUGGCCCCCAGCCCCGGCGCGGGACCUUUGGACUCCUCCGGUUCCGAGCUCAACAGCCGCUCUUCCACGCUUUCGUUCGGUUCGGACAAGGAGGCCACCAGCGAGCUGCAGAACAUCCAGCGCUUAGUGAGCGGACUGGAGACGAAGCCGGACAGAGCCGGGAGCGGGUCGCCCUAGUGCGGAGGGGGGGCGCGCUCCUCUCCCCCCCCCCCACGUUAUGGGGUGGGCACCUCCGGCUUCCUCCCGCCCCCCCCCCCGCGCCUCAUGGGCCGAUCCGACCCUGCCUCUCCAGCUUUGGCAGUUUGUGUGUGUUGCUCGGUCACACCUCGUGGGGGUGGGAGUGAUGGGGAGCAGCAAGGGGGGGCACUACCUGACCUGCGUGUGCGUGUGUGUGCGUGUGCAAGGCGUGUGCUGCUGGUAGCUGCUAUUAACCACUGUGGUGUCCACUGGAGGCAGGUAUGAAAUCUGGGAGCUGGGGCCCUGCCUGUUGGUCCUCUCCCCUUCCUUUCUCUUUUUUUUCUCUUUUUCUCUUUUCCUCUUUUCCUCUUUUUUUCUCUUUCUGCCUCCACUUAGAGAUCCGAACGGAGAAGGGGGCAGAGAAACAGGGACCCUCUCUUGGGAGCAGAAUGGAGAAUUUGCCUUUUGCAAAUCAGUUCAUUCGAAAAUCAAGCCAAAAGAAAAAAGGAGGGAGAGAAAGGCUGACCCUUUCCAUUUGGGGGGGGGGGGUGUUAAAUCCACUGCUUACAGUCUGUUUCUUGCAUGGUCCGUUCUAAAUCUCUUAUUUUCUGAAUGUCCCCACUUCUGAAAUGCUUGCUUGAGGUCCCCAGAACGUUAAAUACGGACCUAUAUAUAUAUAUGUAUACAUAUUUCUCCCCGUUUUUGGUUUUUUUUCCCCGAUAGGAGCAAUUAAAAAUGUAGUUAGAAGAGGGAGUAUUAUAAUUUUGUUGGUUUGUUUUAAAAAGACACACCCCCCCGCCCAAUUUCCUUGUUUUGUUUUUAAUCAUUUUUUUUUCUUUUAUAUUUUUCUUUUAUGUAUAUGCAAUAACAAGGUUUAGAAACGUAAUAAGGAGAAGGAAAAAAAAACAGUGGACACUAUUGAUAAAGUAUUUAUGUAAUUAAUGGAUAACUUGUAAAUACGUGGCAUAUGAAUACUCGAAAUUAAAAUUUAAUUUAUUGAUAUUGUAUAUAUGUCUGUAAAUAUAGACUACAGCUGUCUUUCUGGUUUUUUAACUCAUUUUCAUUUCAAAGUCAGGAUCACGUGUGAAGAGUUAAAACUUCAAAACAUAAGCAAAAAUCCAUCAGGGGAAAAUCAUGUUUACAUUUCCAAUGUUUUGUUUUGUUUUACUGUGCCAUUAUGAAGAAAACAGAUCAUAUUGUUCAUUGGGGGGGGAGAAGCAUGCAAAAGGCAAAACAAUAGGGUUGAAAGAAAGACUGUACAAUCGUGUCAUUGCUGGAUGCUCCCUUAUUCUACCACUGGUAGAAAUGAUUAAAUAAAUAUGUUAAUUAAAUACCAA